AUGUCUUCCUUCUUCACGCUUCCUGCAUCUCAGCGGAAGCGAAAACGAGACAAUCCUGUCGGGGGCAAAGCGAGGAAAAGGCGAGAAGUCGAAAAUGCCGACCGAGUACCAGAGCAGCCAGACGACCAACCUCGUCGGAAAGGGAGAAACCCUCGAGAUCGAGAUCGACAGCGAGACGAGUCAAUAUCUGGGAGCGAGUCUGAAGACGAGAUUCAACCAGAAAGUGAUGUGGAAGAGUCAGAAGGGACUUCUGAAGAGGAAGAGACUGCCGCCGAACGACGAGUUAGGCUUGCACAACGAUACCUGGACAACAUUAGGCAAGAAAUAGACGAAAAUGGAUUUGAUGCCGAAGAUCUUGACAAGGACUUGAUCGCGAAACGGCUGAAAGAGGACGUUGACGAGGCAAAGGGUAGACAAUAUCGGCUGAUUGCCCAGAAUCUGGAUUUUGCGAAUGCUACUCACACGGCAUUUCGUGCGGACACCGAAUCAACAACUGGCGUGGCAGUUUGCCAACCUUACGUGUACACCGUGAGCAAGGACAAGACGCUGAUCAAAUGGCAACUUCAAGAACCGAGCACCUCAGAUGGGCCAAAAUCAAGAGCUGGAGUUCGACGACGGCCGAAACAAUUGGCAUUUGUUCGAGGCAUUAAAAUCAGGGCAUUGGCGUCUCAGCAGCAUGGCCAUACCGCACGGAUUCUCUCGGUCGCAGCCUCGCCAGACGGGAAAUUCGUGGCUACGGGAGGAGCGGAUAAGAAACUCAUAAUUUGGUCAGCAGAAGACCUGCGGCCGUUGAAGACAUUCACUACGCACAGAGACGGAGUGACCGGACUCGCAUUUGCACCAAACUCGGCUGGUGGAGGCGGCUUCGGCCAACAACUGUUCAGUGCAAGCAUGGAUCGCUCCUUGAAAACCUACAGCUUGGCUGGUGAGCAUAGUCUUGCCUACGUGGAAACACUGUUCGGCCACCAAGACCAUAUUGUCGAUGUCUCCGCCGUGUCUGUCGAUCAGUGCGUGACAGUGGGCGCUCGAGAUCGAAAGGCCAUGUGGUGGAAGGUUGUGGAUGAAUCCCUCACUAAGUUUUUGGGCGACAGUUCCAGAAACGACAACUAUCAGAUUGGUAGUCUGGAUUGCGUGGCUGCCUUACCACCACAGAACUUUGUGACUGGUUCUGACGCGGGCACCAUCAGUCUCUGGAAUAUUCACAAAAAGAAGGCUGUUUUCACCAUCCAGACCGCACAUGGUGUUGAAGAGCCGCCGCCACUUGAAGAGGUGACCUCCGAAGCAGACCCGAAGGUCAUCGAGGCAUUGAAAAAGGAUGAUAAGCGACGACCAAUACCCCGGGGUAUCACUGCUUUGGCUGCUUUGCCUGGCACUGAUGUGGUUUUCAGUGGGAGUUGGGAUGGUUGGAUUCGUGCAUGGAAAUUGAGUGAUGACAAAAAAGCACUUUUACCUCUUGGGACCGUGGGGAAGGCCGAAGAGACGGCCGAGAAGCGAAAUGGGGUGGUCAACGGGGAGUCAGACCAUGGGCACGGGCAAGUGAACGGCGGCACCGACACGGCCGAGCAUGGAGGGCCUGUAUCAGUGCCUGCAUCAUCGGGCCCAGUGCGUGGCUUUAUCAAUUCUUUGGCGGUAUUUGAGCGAAGAAGACUGAUCACCAACGAAUUCGGAGGCAAGAAGGAAGGUGACUGUCAGGGUCUGUGCAUCGUGGCUGGAACUGGCAAGGAGAUGAGACUGGGGCGGUGGAAGAAACUGCGUGAAGGGCGAAAUGGCGCCAUAGUGUUCGAAGUACCGGUGAGGUUGAAGUAG